UUGAAAAAAUUGUUUACCAAACAACAACGAUGGUGAAUCUUCGCAAGUUCACCAGAACUCGGAGAAUCAAGAUGUGUUUGGUUCUUCUGGUACUCCUGAUUUUGUUGUACAUGGUGACUCUAAGCAUCCUGACAUUUGGUCCAAUGCCCAUGAUAAUCGCACCACAACACAGCUACAGUUCAUCGACAACGCAUUACUUACGUCACUUCCGCUCGAUAUUUAUACUUGAUGUUGCAAAUCAUGACCUGGCACUUGAUCGUCAAGGGAACCGCCUUAGUAUAUCCUCCUCUGACGUAAGGACUGACAGUAGAGCCUCUGUUGUUAACAAUAAGUUGAUUGUAUGGUACAACAUGCCUUUCUGGAUUAGGAAAAGGUCGGAUGCUGAGUUGUUUGGCCACUGUCCAGUCAGCGCGUGCAACUUGUCCACAAACUAUAGUGCGGAUAGAGCAGCUGGCGACGCUGUGGUGUUUGACGGCGCUCCAUUAGAGAUACCAGUGCCACCUCGAGCUUUUCCUGACCAGGUGUACGUCUUCUUCAUGUUAGAACCGCCGCCGAAGCUGGGGUUUGGAGAGCAAAAAAAUUUUUCAUGGAACUCAGCUUUUAACUGGACAUGGGGCUACAGGCAUGACGCAGAUAUAAGAACGACAUACUUUUAUCUGGAACAUUCCAAGCAGUUGCCAAAUAUUAGUUUCCUCAGAGAUUUAGUUCGAAACAAAGAAAAGGCUGCGGCAUGGUUUGUUUCUAACUGCGACGAACAAGCCCAACGACUACGUUACGUUGAGAGACUGAAGGAAGUUCUCCCUGUGGACGUAUAUGGAGCGUGUGGGACUCUGCACUGCACAACCUGGGCCACAGAAUGCGACACCAUGCUUACCAAGUACUUUUUCUAUCUUUCAUUCGAGAACUCUUUUUGCCAGGAUUACGUGACAGAGAAGUUUUCACGAGCCUUCUUGAAGGAUGUGUACGUGGUUCCUGUAGCGCGCGGUGGGCUGAACUACUCUCACCACUUUCCUGAAGGAAUUUUUAUCAACGCUGAUGACUUUAGCAGCCCAGAAGAACUGGGGAUGUAUCUGAAAAAGCUGAUAAACGACGAAGACGCCUACAUUGACAUGUUGUGGCGAAUCGCUCACUUUGUCGACUUGGACUCUUACAAAAACCCAUACUACUACUCGUGGUGCCAUCUGUGUGACAAGCUACACAGGCUGCGGGACAAUGCCAAGACGUAUCCAGACGUCUUUGGAUGGUACCACGAUGGGACAUGCCGACCGCCAAGGGAAUUCUAGAGCUUGGUACAGUUCGUGGCAUACACGGAUGAUCGUGCCAUUUUGGCAGAACAUUUUUCUUUUUGUUUUUUGUUCAGACGGCUGCUCAGAAUCAACAGGCAGCUGGACAAGUCGACCUUUUGAUUGUCAAGUGACGUCCCGAUCACAGUAAACAGGUGACGCAUCUAUCGUCGACAAAUGUGGAAUAAAACAAAGCGAACAAUAUGAUCGUGAAUGUUAAGUGCAAGAUUAUACGGUUGUAAACUUCUGUUGCUUGCUUACACCAUGAACUACUUGAAUGAGAGAGAGAUUGAGAGAGAGUAUAAAAAGAGUAAUUUCAAAGGUCCAAUUAAGCGCACAAUUUUGUUAAUUAUGGUUGUGUCAAACUCGAUGCAAGGUCCGUAAACGCGCAAGCGUACAAACGUGUGGAUAAUGCAUAGAUACAUCUUAAUUACAAAUCGUAUGACGUGUCGACUUUGACCUCUGUGUUUUCCUCCGUGUACCUCUCCUUUAAACGUGCAAUGAAAACACACAUCUUUGUAAACUGUGAGAAUCAGUGAGAACUAAGAUGGCCGCUCCUAGCUGUGCGACGUCUGCAGCUCUCACUUCUGAUUCAAAUUUAUUUCAAUUUUUCAUCGCUUUCGUCUCACCCUGUGUAGGUUAGUUGUCAAGUUAUAGACUUAGGGUGUUGCGUCUGUGUCUAGUGAUGAUGAUUUUUACGUUCAUUGUGUUAGGCAUGCGUUUAUCAUUUUGGAUGGCUGUGGCCGUUACCACUAGCCGACAUUAUUAAGAUGGCGGUCAGCUUAUUUCAUGCUGGUCCACGGCUUCUCUACUCCCGCGAGCUCUUGCUCCGUCUUCGUUCAUCUCCCUCUGUUACCCGGAGUUUUCGGGUGCUGCAAGUCGACAUCGCAUGGCUCCCUCCACUUCGCAGAUCAAGAAGGAGAGGACGCAGAGGCGGUGUGAAGCGGAGACUCAAGAAGUUUUGUCUGGACGAUCGACGCAGAUCUCCACCUCUUCCUUCUAUCCUGCUCUCCAAUGUCCAGUCGAUUCGUGGCAAGAUUGAUGAGCUUGAGGUGUGGAUACACAACUUUCGAUUGCACAGGGAUACUUGUUUGUUGGCGUUUACGGAAACAUGGCUACACGACGGUGACGCUGAUCUAGACAUCGCUGGCUUCUCUGGCCCGUUUAGAUCUGAUAGAUCUGCUGCAGUUACUGGCAAGGCGCGUGGCGGCGGAGUGUGUUUCUAUGUCAACAACAGGUACUGUACAACGGUUAUUCUUCGUGAAAAGAUGUGUACUUGUGACCUUGAACUUCUCACAAUUUCGCUUCGCCCAUUUUACCUCCCGAGAGAAUUCCCC